AUGGCUCUUGCGGGUCCCCCCAGGGCGGCAGUGGCCAGGCCGACCAUCGCGCCCACGAGAGUGAGGGUGACCGUGCCGGAGGCCUUCAUGGUGCUCCACCUGAGGAUGAGGGUGGUGGAGGAGCAAACCAGCACGCUGGUGCGAGACCUGGAGGAGCUCGGCAUCGAUGGCAAGAGCCUUGAUAAUUUCCACUCGGAGACCUCAGAAGCACCCGCUUGUCACCCAGCCAUUAGCCCUGUGCAGGCUAGGGUAGCAUUUGUGGGAGAAAAUACACUGUGGAAGAACUGUGAGAAGCUGGUGAAUCGAAUGUGUCGGUUAGAGAGUGUUGUGCAGACACUGAAAUCAAACGUCUUCCAGCUGCAGGCAGAAAAGGAACUGAAUUCCAAGCACACAGCCCAGUUGGAGCAGCACCUGAAUGCACUCCACAAGGAGCAUUUGCAAGAAAUGAAGACUGUACAGCAAGAAGCAGUGAAGUUGCACCAGCAUCUGAGUGAUGUGAAAGAGGCUGAAGAAAAGGCAAGAGAGGAAGUUCGGAGACUGGGUACUGCUCUGGAGAUUACAACUUCAUCCAAGAUGGAUGUAGUAAUUGCAGCUGAGGAACUGAGGAACACAAAACAGAAGAUUAACUGUAGACUUCAGGAGCUCACAGAACGGCUUUCCCAGGAGAUCAGCCUGCGGGAGUCUCUGGAGGAAUCCCAUGCAACUGUGCAGUGUUAUGUACAGGACAUGGAAGCAAUAGUAGAAGCAGAACGAAAGCAGGUACAGAUACUACAGCAGGACUGCCACAACUUGUGUAAAGAUGUCCAGCUAGCCCGAGUGAGGCUGCAAGAGGAGGAGAAAAGAGCUGCACAGCUGGAGCAACAGUGCACACAACUGAAAGCUGAGCUGGACUCCAGGAACUGUAUCAUUUCCCAGCUUGGUGAAGAAACAAAAAAUGCACAGCUGUCCUUAAGUAAAGAACGCAAGGAGAACCUGCAGCUUCAGUCUAAAAUGACCACAUUGGGAGAGACAGCAGAGAAAGUACAGGUCCUUAAUGAUCGCUUAAGCCAGCAAUGCUCAGAGCUCAGCACCACACUCCAAAGUGUUGCCAUGGAGAAUGCUAAACUCAUUUCAGACCAUCAGACUGUGCUUAAGGCAGAACAAGACAAGACACAUAAGCUGCAAGAGCAAAACUUGCUUCUGAAUGCUGCCCACAACAACAUUCUCGGAGAGCUGCAGAGUGUGCACCAUGAGAGGUCUCAGCUUCAAAAAGAGCUGGAGGCCUUGCGUACAGAGCAUGGCAAAUACAGGCUGAAGGCAAGCCUUGCUGAGAAGGCAGCAGCCACACAGAGACAGCUUCUGGAACGUACUGUUGCUAGACUGCAAGAUGAACUUGAGACAGCUUUGCAAGAGAAAAGAUCUCUGCUGGCAGAAAAGGAAUAUCUUCAACAGGAGGUACAGAAAACGACAAGAGCAAAUGAAACAGUACAAGAAAGGAAUAAACUGGAAGUACUAAAAACAGAGAAUGAGCUAGAAAUUAUUUCAAUGAAAUUCACUUUGCAAACACUAGAGCAAGAGAAGAAGAGGCUAUUGAAUCACUUGGCUGCGCUGGUACAUGAGCAGCAAGUGCUGGCAGAGCUGACUGACAGCAAGAAUAAACUGACCUGUGACAAAGGAAAACUUCAGGUGGCAAGCCUGCAGCACCAGCUGGACACAGCAAAGGAUGACAGCAGUAAGGCAACAGCCAUGCUGGAGCGUGCAUUAGCGUCUCAUAACAAGAUGAAGGCACUUCUGGAUGUGGUACAAACUGAGCUGGCACAUAAGGACACUGAAAUCAACAACCUCAGAAGAGACAAGAGCCAGACUCAACAGAAGAUACAGAUGUUGGAAAGAAAACUGAAACAUUGCCAAGCCAAAGUGGUUGCCAUUGGAAGGCAGCACCAGAGCCAGGUGGAACCACUUUGUAAGGCACUAGAAACAGCUAGAACAGACAAGAAGAAACUUGUUGUUUGUUUGGAAGAAGUUUUGCAGGUCAGUAACACCCUGCAGAGCAAGCUGAUCCAAACUCAAUGUGAACUGAAAAGUAAAGAAACAGAGAAUCAGCAGCUGAUGAUCUGCAGGGAAGAGUUAACGGAAAAAGACAGGCCAGAGGAAAAGACAUGUGCUGCACACUUAGAGCCUUUGAAGCAGCAGCUUCAAACUGAACAAGCGGCUUCCAGGAAAGCCACAUGUCAUGAAUCUGCUGAGAUAAAGAAAUCCCUUGAAGAAGAAUCCUCCAAACUGGCUGAAGUUUCCUGUGCUAACAGGGAGCUGCAGCUGAAAGUAACAGAGCUGGAAAAGUCUUUUUCCAGUUACAGGAAAAAGCUAAAAAGUCAAAGAGCUCAAGUCAGACAAUGCCUGGCCUGUAAAGCUAAUGCAGGAAGGAUAAAGGAACUGGAAAAAACAGUCAAACAUCUGAAGAAAUGUAAAGAGGAGACACAAGAAAAACUGAAGGAAGCUAGCAUAGACUCAGAACAGAUCACAAGUAGCAUAAAAGCAGCUCACCGUCAGUUCAAAUCUAAGUUUGACUACCUGCAACUAGAAGCUGUGAAAACACACCAGCCAAAGAACCCUGAAGACAGCAGCUCCAACAAGGAGUUCCUUACACGGGUGGAAAACAGACCCCUCUUCUAG